UUAGCGCGGUUUUUUCUUUUUACAUCAUCGCAAUGAACUUACGAUUCUCUUCCGCGGUUUAAUGAUAUCUGUCAAGUUACACUCGUACGGCGAACUUUGCGCUUGACACAUCGUCCGGAGAAUGGCAAGCUUCGAAUAAGAGGCUUGAAAAAUCCGAGGAAAUUUGACUUCCUUCCGUAUCUUUUUUUCACACUCGAAUAUAAUAUCGAUCACCUGAAGUAUGACUCCAGGCGAAUAACUUUUAACUCCAUCGCAACGAAGCCCUACCCAAGGGAGUAUCAUUCGGUGGCGGCGAGGUGGUAGACGACUUUUGGAGGAACUCUUGCGCCUAUAAAGAACUCCUCGACUUUCCCGCUUGUACGAGUUUCUUCAAACGUUGAACAACGACAACGCGCUUGCCUCAGCGGGAUCUUGUAGCAAUACGAUGUUGAAACUUAUUCUCAUCGCUCUGAUCGCCAAGAGUUUGGCUGCGGGUCCGCCUUCGCAAGGACACAUCAAGUACAGCGAUUCCAAUGGCAGCAAAGUCGAUUGGAAAUUAUACGCACCCUACGCUCAAUACAAAUCCCAAUUACGUCAGAACCAGCGACGAGACGAUUCGAAAUUUACUGGCGCACAAUCGCAGAUCAUCCGACCGCUCCAAUCUGCUGCCGCGAGACCAGCGAGUGAGAAGAGUGUGGACCCGGAAUACAAGCCUUUUUCUCAAGUUCCGAAUCACCUGAAACAGCUCCUUCUGCAAUCGUACGAGCCACCGAUUCCGCACGUUGACCCCGAUGCAUUUUUUCAUCGAAUUCCGGGCUACGCCGAUCAACAAGUUCCGCAGUUUUCGUCCGAGCAAUCGAUCCCCCAACAGUCGGAGCCGAUGGAAUUGUACCGAUCGAAAGUUCAAUCGACUAUUGUCAAGUCGCAGAACCAAGGAAAACGGAAAGAAAAUUUCCCCACCGAAGAGGAAGAAGCCCAGCAACAAGCUAAAAACGAAUCACCAGUUUCGCCCGUUUCCCUACCGUUCAUAUUCGACAAAAGUGUUCCGCUUCAGAUUCAACAGUUACUACGAUACCAGGCCCAGAUUCCCUACAACGUUAUAGCGAACCAUAUUAUCUAUAAACCCAAAGUACCAUUCGUGCCGGAACCGAUACCGGAGGGUGAAUUCGGCCCCUACAAUUAUCGCAGCAGAAUUUAUUACCCAGUCGAUCGAAUUCCCAAUACCGACAAAAAACAGAGAAAAGGCGAAACAGAGAAUCACGACCAGGAAUGAGGAAUUGUUCUUCACGCACACGCGCGUACUGUAGAACAUAAGCCGUAGUUAUAGAAAAUAAUUGCGUUACGAUUGUUCAUUUUUUUUUUUGUUUAUUGUAUCAGUAAAUUUGAGAUUUUUUUUCGCCACCAA